AUGACGUGUGCUCGUCGAGUUUUCCGCUGUUUUCGGUGCGUCGAACGCGCUGCAGACAGAAUCACAGGCACAGCGGGCCCCUGGUUUGUCUGUCUGGCCAUCUGCCUGCUAUCUGUUGGAAUCCUCAGCUUCUUUACCAUCAUCCAACCUACACUACCAUUCCCAUGGCUGACGGCGCCCUUCUCUGUGCUCAUUGCACUGAACGUGGUCGGACAUUACUACCACGUCUGUACCAUCCCGCCCGGGUCCGUCGGUGACACCCGGUCUCUCGUCCAUGGCAACGGAUUCCUCUGGGCUGCCCCGCCUCCUAAUGGGGGCUUGUGCCUGAACAUCGUCCGCGCACGCAUGUCUCGAUGUAGGAAGUGCAACGAUACACGGCCAGAGAGAGCACACCAUUGCCGCAUAUGCAACCGAUGCGUGCUCAAAUUUGAUCAUCAUUGUCCCGUGAGGAUAAAUCAAUGUGUAGGCCUAUACAACGAACGCCAUUUCGUCCUUUUCAUGGCAUACCUCGUCCUCGCCACAUCCAUUUUCACCAUCCUUGGAUUCCCACAUGCGUUUAUCGCAUUCGGAUUCACGGUCGCCGUCUGGACUCAUUCGCUUCCUCCCUUUCUCUUUAUCACAACUUACAUUCUCUGCCUCGUUCUUUCCUUCGCUGUUGCUAUCAUGCUCGCUUGGCACAUAUGGGGAGUCGCGCGUGGUGAAACCGCUGUCGAGGCACAAGAUCAUGAAGUUUAUACGAAAUGGGCUAAGGAGAGGGGAGAGACAUUCAUCAAUUCAUAUGACCUAGGUACACGUAGGAAUCUUGCCCUCUUUUUUAAUGUCGGUGAGGGCGGAUAUCCUCUUUACACACUCUUCCUUCCCUUCCGUCUGAUGCCUUACACCGACGGAUAUGCGUGGGCGCAUCGCGACGGUCUUAGCCGACACCAUGGCGUGAGGGAAGGUGAAGAGCUGACGGAUGGGGAGGAUGACGAGGAUUAUGGUGGCAACGCAGGUGGUGACAACCACGAUCGGUGA